GUCACUUUUUACUUGAGAAACGUACGGAGAAGCGAAAGGGGAACCCUCACCUCUCUGCUCCGGCGAUCUCCGGCGAAACUCCCAAUGACGUCUCCGAUGAGGUCUAGAGCAGGAAAAGGAAGUAAUGGGCCUGAACCUUUAGAUCCCAAGCAACCAAUACUUGAUGUAGCACCUCUCAACAGCUUCCCAUAUAUUGGUCCACCUUCGUCACUGAGCAACCCUACUAUCUCAACGAUGGAGCCAAAUAACGAGGGAGGAGCUCAGCCAUCUGGGCCUGCUGUAAUUUAUGUGCCACCGCAUGCAACACAGGAGGAAUUGGAUAAUCUAGCAGCUGCCACUAAAUGUGGGGUUACAUUGACAGGCAGUGCAGCUCUGGCAACUAUUGGGCCAGUAGUUGGAAGAGUCGAACUUUCUGAAAACGAAAAUACCUACAGGUUCCGUGUCCUCCUCCCAGGAGUUUCACGUGAUGAAAAGGAUUUCAGUUGCGAGGUGAGGCCUGAUGGCAAGAUCUUAAUCAAGGGGAUAACGACGAUCGGUGAAAAAACUGUCAUCAAGCACUCCCAUGUCUUCAAGAUGCUGACACAGAACUUCCCCCCUCCGGGGCACUUCUCCAUCGAGUUUCAGCUACCUGGACCUGUUGAGAAUCAACUCUUGGGUGGCUCUUUUGUUGAUGGAAUCUUAGAGGGUAUUGUGAAGAAAAGGUUCCCUGCAUAGGUGUAUUACUAAAUUUAAAGGAAAGAACGUUAAGGAAUGAACGUUAAGGCCGCAAAGGAAUGACGACCCCUUCAGUCCAAGUUUGCUGAUUCUGCCAGGAGCUAAAACAGUAUAGAAAGGAGGGAGCAGCGUAGGAUUUCUUCAAGCUGGUCAGUCAUCGAUCGAGCUUUUUGUUGAAUUAUUCUCUGCUAGAUAUUAUGAUAGUUUAGCAUAGGAUUCAUCAGAACUCGGUUUCUUAGGUUUGUUAGAGCUGUGUGUUUCUUAGGAUAUUUCUUGCAUGUUUUCGACUUUAUUAUGAAAGCUCCUCCGGCAUGAUUCUAAUUUGUCAUACAA